AUGUCUCGCAGGCGGCUUGACAGCCGCAAUGGACCUACUGGGCUACUUGGAGAAAUUCAAACCCAUAUCAAUACGGAACCGAUGGACAGUGUUUAUGAAAUCACUGGCGAGUUGGGCAGGUGAGCCAAUGUUACAAUGUCCCCUUUUCAAACUUUCUCAUUCCAUCAUUCUCUUCUCGCACAUCUUACGACUCCAAUGCAUUCCAUUGGCCUUUUGGAUCCUCGAGAGCUAACGUUAGUGAGCUAAAACGUACUCACAUCAUCCUAGUUAGGCUGGAUAUCAUCUUUAGCUAUAACAUAGUUAGCUAUAACAUAUGUCUCCCUCUAUAUCAAAUCUAAUUGUAUUUGUCACAUGCUUCGUAAACAACAGGUGUAGACUAACAGUGAAAUGCUUACUUAUGGGCCCAACCCAACAAUGCAUAGAGUGGGAAAAAAUGAAAUAAUAGAAAAAUAAUAAACCGAGGAGUAAAUACACAAUGAGUAUACAAGGGGUAGCAGUACCAAGUCGAUGUGCAGGGGUACGAGGUAAUUGAGGUAGAAAUGUACAUAUAUUCAGUAGGUACAGUGAGGGAAAAAAGUAUUUGAUCCCCUGCUGAUUUUGUAUGUUUGCCCACUGACAAAGAAAUGAUCAGUCUAUAAUUUUAAUGGUAGGUUUAUUUGAACAGUGAGAGACAGAAUAACAACAACAAAAUCCAGAAAAACGCAUGUCAAAAAUGUAAUAAAUUGAUUUGCAUUUUAAUGAGGGAAAUAAUUAUUUGACCCCCUCUCAAUCAGAAAGAUUUCUGGCUCCCAGGUGUCUUUUUAUACAGGUAACGAGCUGAGAUUAGGAGCACACUCUUAAAGGGAGUGCUCCUAAUCUCAUAUUGUUACCUGUAUAAAAGACACCUGUCCACAGAAAUCAAUCAAUCAGAUUCCAAACUCUCCACCAUGGCCAAGACCAAGAAUGUCAGGGACAAGAUUGUAGACCUACACAAGGCUGGAAUGGGCUACAAGUCCUUCGCCAAGCAGCUUGGUGAGAAGGUGACAACAGUUGGUGCGAUUGUUUGCAAAUGGAAGGAACACAAAAUAACUGUCUAUCUCCCUCGGCAUGGGGCUCCAUGCAAUAUCUCACCUCGUGGAGUUGUAAUGAUCAUGAGAACAGUGAGGAAUCAGCCCAGAACUACACGGGAGGAUCUUGUCAAUGAUCUCAAGGCAGCUGGGACCAUAGUCACCAAGAAAACAAUUGGUAAAACACUACGCCGUGAAGGACUGAAAUCCUGCAGCGCCCGCAAGGUCCCCCUGCUCAAGAAAGCACAUAUACAGGCCCGUCUGAAGUUUGCCAAUGAACAUCUGAAUGAUUCAGAGGAGAUUUGGGUGAAAGUGUUGUGGUCAGAUGAGACCAAAAUGGAGCUCUUUGGCAUCAACUCAACUCGCCGUGUUUGGAGGAGGAGGAAUGCUGCCUAUGACCCCAAGAACACCAUCCCCACUGUCAAACAUGGAGGUGGAAACAUUAUGCUUUGGGGGUGUUUUUAAACAGGUCAACAUUCACAAGACAGCGGUGCCAGACGAAUUACCAGGAAGUGUUCUCAGAGCAUGCGCGGACCAACUGGCAAGUGUCUUCACUGACAUUUUCAACCUAUCCCUGACUGUGUCUGUAAUACCUACAUGUUUCAAGCAGACCACCAUAGUCCCUGUGCCCAAGAAAGAGAAGGUAACCUGCCUAAAUGACUACCGCCCCUUAGCACUCAAGUCGGUAGCCAUGAAGUGCUUUGAAAGGCUGGUCAUGGCUCACAUCAACAUCAUCAUCCCGAAAACCCUAGACCCACUCCAAUUUGCAUACUGCCCCAACAGAUCCACAGAUGACACAAUCUCAAUCGCACUCCACACUGCCCUUUUCUACCUGGACAAAUGGAACACCUAUGUGAGAAUGCUGUUCAUUGACUACAGCUCAGCGUUCAACACCAUAGUGUCCACCAAGCUCAUCACAAAGCUAAGGACCCUGGGACUAAACACCUCCCUCUGCAACUGGAUACUGGACUUCCUGACAGGCUGCCCCCAGGUGGUAAGGGUAGGCAACAACACAUCUGUUAUGCUGAUCCUCAACACGGGGUCCCCUCAGGGGUGUGUGCUUAGUCCCCUCCUGUACUUCCUGUUCGCCCACGAGUGCGUGGCCAAGUUCGACUCCAACACCAUCAAGUUUGCUGACGACACAACGGUGGUAGGCCUGAUCGCCAACAAGACAGGCUAUAGGGAGGAGGUCAGAGACCUGGCAGUGUGGUGCCAGGACAACAACCUCUCCCUCAACGUGAGGAAGACAAAUGAGAUGAUCGUGGACUACAGGAAAAGGAGGGCCGAACAUGCCCCCAUUCACAUCGAAGGGGCUGUAGUCGAGUGGGUUGAGAGUUUCAAGUUCCUUGGUGUCCACAUCACCAAAAAACGAUGAUGGUCCAAACACACCACGAAAGUCGUGAAGAGGGCACAACACCUUUUCCCCCUCAGGAGACUCAAAAUAUUUGGCAUGGGUCCCCAGAUCCUCAAAAAGUUAUACAGCUGCCCCAUCGAGAGCAUCCUGACCGGUGAUGGCAACUGCUCGGCAUCUGACCGUAAGGCGCUACAGAGGGUAGUGGGUACAGCCCAGUACAUCAUUGGAGCCAAGCUUCCUGCCAUCCAUGACCUAUAUACUAGGCGGUGUCAGAGGAAGGCCCCAAAAAUAGUCAGACUCCAGUCACCCAAGUCAUAGACUGAUCUCUCUGCUACCACACGGCAAGCAGUACCGGAGCACCAAGUCUAGGUCCAAAAGGCUCCUUAACAGCUUCUACCCCCAAGCCAUACGACUGCUGAACAAUUAAUAAAAUGGCCACCCGGACUAUUUACGUUGACACCCUUCCUGCUUAGUUUUUACACUGCUGCUACUCGCUGUUUAUUAUCUAUGCAUAGUCACUUUACCCCUACCUACAUGUACAAAUUACCUCGACUAACCUGUACCCCCGCACAUUGACUCGGUACCAUUACCCCCCUGUAUAUAGCCUCAUUAUUGUUCUAUAUUUUGAGAAUUUUUUUUACUGACCCCUGUCAAUACACAACUGGACACACCUGCUCCCAUUUUCUUACGUUGUGCUAUUUAUAAACAAACACGUGACUGGCUCAACUGUUCUGGGGGAACUACAGUAAGCUUCAUAAUGUAAAAUAAUGUGACAAGGUGAAAUGAAGAACGCAAUCUGCUUUAUCUCCUAAUGUAUUGCACAAGUUGACUGCAGGUAUUUACUUAAAGUUGCUACAAAUAUAAACAUUUAUUGAAAAACGUAAGAAAUAGUUUCAGCGGUAUUGGGAAAAACCAUCCUGUGGCUAUUUCGAAAUUACCCUGGUAUACGGUAUACCGCCCAAGCCUUGUACAAACACUCAAACGAAAGGCUAUAAGGUGAAACCACACAAACACUCAAACUGGAAACGGCACAGAAUGCAUUGUGUGGCAUAUACAGUUGAAGUCGGAAGUUUACAUACACUUAGGUUGGAGUCAUUAAAACUCGUUUUUCAACCACUCCACAAAUUUCUUGUUAACAAACUAUAGUUUUGGCAAGUCGGUUAGGACAUCUACUUUGUGCAUGACACAAGUAAUUUUUCCAACAAUUGUUUACAGACAGAUUAUUUCAGUUAUAAUUCAUUGUAUCACAAUUCCAGUGGGUCAGAAGUUUACAUACACUAAGUUGACUGUGCCUUUAAACAGCUUGGAAAAUUCCAGAAAAUGAUGUCAUGGCUUUAGAAGCUUCUGAUAGGCUAAUUGACAUCAUUUGAGUCCAUUGGAGAUGUACCUGUGGAUGUAUUUCAAGGCCUACCUUCAAACUCAGUGCCUCUUUGCUUGACAUCAUGGGAAAACCAAAAGACAUCAGCCAAGACCUCAGAAAAGAAAUUGUAGACCUCCACAAGUCUGGUUCAUCCUUGGGAGCAAUUUCCAAAUGCCUGAAGGGACCACGUUCAUCUGUACAUACAAUAGUACGCAAGUAUAAACACCAUGGGACCACGCAGCCGUCAUAACGCUCAGGAUGGAGACGCGUUCUGUCUCCUAGAGAUGAACGUACUUUGGUGCAAAAGUGCAAAUCAAUCCCAGAACAACAGCAAAGGACCUUGUGAAGAUGCUGGAGGAAACAGGUACUAAAGUAUUUACAUCCACAGUAAAACAAGUCCUAUAUCGACAUAACCUGAAAGGCCGCACAGCAAGGAAGAAGCCACUGCUCCAAAACCAGCAUAAAAAAGCCAGACUACAGCUUGCAACUGCACAUGGGGACAAAGAUUGUAGUUUUUCGAGAAAUGUCCUCUAAUCUGAUGAAACAAAAAUAGAACUGUUUGGCCAUAAUGACCAUCGUUAUAUUUGGAGGAAAAAGGGGGAUGUUUGCAAGCCAAACAACACCCUCCCAACCGUGAAGCACGGGGGUGGCAGCGCCAUGUGGUCCGGGUGCACUUCACAAAAUAGAUGGCAUCAUGAGGAAGGAAAAUGAUGUGGAUAUAUUGAAGCAACAUCUCAAGACAUCAGUCAGGAAGUUAAAUCUUGGUCGCAAAUGGUUCUUCCAAAUGGACAAUGACCCCAAGCAUACUUCCAAAGUUGUGGCAAAAUGGCUUAAGGACAACAAAGUCAAGGUAUUGGAGUGGCCAUCACAAAGCCCUGACCUCAAUCCUAUAGAACAUUUGUGGGAAGAACUGAAAAAGCGUGUGCGAGCAAGGAGGCCUACAAACCUGACUCAGUUACACCAGCUCUGUCAGGAGGAAUGGACCAGAAUUCACCCAACUUAUUGUGGGAAGCUUGUGGAAGGCUACCAGAAACGUUUGACCCAAGUUAAACAAUUUAAAGGCAAGGCUACCAAAUACUAAUUGAGUGUAUGUAAACUUCUGACCCACUGGGAAUGUGAUGAAAGAAAUAAAAGCUGAAAAUAAAUCAUUCUCUCUACUAUUAUUCUGACAUUUCACAUUCUUAAAAUAAAGUGGUGAACCUAACUGACCUAUGACAAGGAAUUUUUACUAUGAUUAAAUGUCAGGAAUUGUGAAAAACUGAGUUUAAAUGUAUUUGGCUAAAGUGUAUGUUAACUUCUGACUUCAACUGUAAGUGUCGCAACUGAGUGAUGAAAAAGUCUGCCCUUUUAGUGUCCAUGGCAGACUCGUUGGCAGUGUGAAGGAGAGAUGUUGACUGCAGUAUGUCCACACACAGAUGUGUAGGCAUAAAAGGUCUGUUUUCAAACCUACUGUCAGUCCACUUUUUUUCAGUCCACCAUAUAAGGUAGGCUACAGCUGAUCUGGUGCCUUGACAGUCAUGAACUGUCGGCAUUUGUGUAGACCUAUGCCACAGUUUCCAAUCAGAUUGGGACUGUAAAUUCUCAGUCCUCACACAUCAAUGCAGUUCUGGUGUCAACAGUUAGGGAUAUGCAUGGUAUGGGGAGUACUUUGAGUUGCCUUUUUAGAUAGCAAAGCAUGUUGUUUUAAGCUUAGGCUAUGGUUAGGCCUAGGCUAGUGAUGACUUGAGCAAAAUGUGUGAACUCUUGGACAAUGUGAAAUGUAAAAUUAUUGCAUAAAGAGUUUGUAGGCCUAAUGCAUUUACAAUCAAGUAAAGAAAUAAAGAACGCAUAGGGUAAGGUAAUGACUAGGCUAACCAUUACCACCAAGGCCUAAAAUAAAUGUUUUGGUCCACCAGCCACUGUGGCAAGGUAAAUUAAAAAAUCUACCAGCCACUCAGAUUUUUUACCAGCCCAAAUAUUUUUUUUCUACAAAGAUUACACCAACAAAGCACAAAAAGGCGGAUGAGCAUGCUUUGUAAUGUUUCUAAAACAAUACAUUUAUUACUAGUAAUAAGUAAUGUUGUGUAUUGUUUAAUUUCAUUUCAUUUUUUGUGACCUGAGUCUUUUAACCAAAAUAUCACAGAUGAGACAAUUUACACCUGCCCCUUUAAGCGUGGGAGGUUAUGUAGUAAUGCAACUCGAGUCAUGUUUGUGCCUGUGAGAUUGAGUCUGACUAGUAGCAGUGUCUUUUCCCUAGCAGUUGAAACUCAAACAUUGGAAAACAACCUAACUUGUGAACAAAACAAUGUAAAUAGCCAAGAAACACAAGGGCCAAGUCUCACUUCAGUAGACUUUCGUGUCAAGUAAAUUAGACCAACGUUUAUGCCUAAAAAUGAAUCUUUCACUUAGCUCUUCACGUGCGCGCAGCCAGGCAGUGUUGCAACCCAAGGUGCGAUAGUCUAUAUAGGAUUCAUAGUUAUUUGACUUUGUGCAAUUAAGUUAUGAAACAAAACAGCAGAAAUACUUUGAAAACAGCUACUGCAGCAGUUAUUUUACUAUAAAUGCCAACGUGGCUGAUGAAAUAGACAUCUUACCCGCCAAUGCAAAAAUCUAUCCAUGUGGCAGGUGUUCAUUUUAGACCCUGAUUACCACACAACAUAUUGUGUGUUGUUAUGGGAGGGUGUGGGUAUGGAGUGGCCUCAUUUUAACCCUUUUCACACUACUGAGCCAAGCUAUAGGCUUACUGAGCUGGCCGGGUUAUGCAUCCACCUACUUGUUGUAACGGUGCUUGACAGACAAAUGUGAGAAAAAAAUAUCAAAGCCGGCACAGUACGGUUUGGUUGGCAGUGCACUAUGUGGUUGUCCUACUGUUGAUGAUUGAACUGCCUGUAAGUCACUCUAGAUAAAUAAUAAUAUAUGCAGACGCUUUUAUCCAAAGCGAAAUAUAAUGUUUGUGUAAAUGUACAUAUUAACUGAUGUCAUAUUGUAACAAAGUUGUCUCCUUCAGUGUAGACUAAAAUGACCCAGAUAGUGUGUGAUGAAUGACUCGGCCCUCCCUCCCUUCGUCCUCGGUGCCAGGGGGAAAUUUGCGGUGGUGAAGCGGUGCGUGGAGAGGUCCACGGGGAAGGUGUUUGCCGCCAAGUUCCUGCGGAAGCGGCGGCGGGGCAGAGACUGCCGGGCCGAGGUGGUACACGAGAUGGCCGUGCUGGAGGCGGCCCGCAACAACCCUCGCGUGGUUAACCUGCACGCUGCCUACGAGACAGACCACGACAUCGUCCUGCUGCUGGAAUAGUGAGUUAUGGGCAACUUCUAGAUUGCACUCAAUGCUAUCAGUUCAAUCAGUAACCCAUCUUUCAAAUAUGUUACUUAUGUAUGUUUCUCCAUUUUUUGUUCUCCAUAUCUUUGUACAUGACAGAGGUUAUUUAACGUUUCUCAUAUCUGAGACGGUAUAAUGUGUGAUUAUACUUUGAACUUUAUUGGAAUCGGUACUCCUUUACACCGAAUCCAACAAAACAGAAACUAGAAUGCAGGUUGUAGAUAGGCUGCAAUCCACAUUCUGUGCUUAAAGGGAUACUUCAGGAUUUUGGCAAUGAGGCCCAUUAUCUACUUCCUCAGAGUCCGAUGAACUCGUUGAUACCAUUAUUAUGUCUGCGUGCAGUUUGAAGAAAGUUGCUAACUAGCGCUAGCGCAAUACUAACUAGCAUUAGCGCAAUGCCUGGAAGUCUAUGGGUAUUUGCCAGCAUGCUAGCAGAUACCCAUAGACUUCCAGUCAUUGCGCAAAACUACCUAUAACUUCCUUAAUACUGGAGACGGAGACAUAAAAAUGGUAUCUACAAGUUCAUCUGACACUGGGGAAGUAGAUAAGUUGGAGAUUGCUGUUGUUCCUAAACCCUACCCUUAGCAGUCUUGUAUAUUCUGAGAGCCAAUAGACAUGUUUCAUUGAGUUUUGAGGAAAGCCUUUCAAAUCCUGCCCUGAAAGCGAAGUGCCGUGUAAACUCUGAAAGGGGAAGGCCAUUCCAUUGGAAGUACCCAAUUAUCUGUUGCCUGACCUGAAAUGAUAUGAAACAGGCUUAUACACUCAGCUGAGUCAAAACCACCUAGGUUUUAUGGAUGCAAUCAUGCAAAAAAGUUUUACGAUAGUUUGUGUUAGACACUGUGACAGUCUCUCUGUGUGUGUGAGACAGUGCGGCGGGGGGUGAGAUCUUUGACCACUGUGACUGUGAUGAGCUGCUCCCAGAGGGCCAGAUCACACGGCUGAUCAGACAGACGCUGGAGGGCGUCCACCUUCUCCACCAGACCAGCGUGGUGCACCUGGACCUCAAGGUCUGUCCCUCCACAUCUCUUAAUACACACACACAGAUAGACUAGUAUAUAAACAGAAGUGCACUGCCCACAAACACAUACAACAAACACAUGUACAUAAACCUAAAAUUCACCUCUCAACCCUAUUUGCUCCCUUAUUCAUCUUUACAUCACCACUUGCGUAUUUUCCCUAUAAACAUGAUCUCAUGCAGGAAGGAUUGUGAAUGACUGGACCUGCUGUAUACAGCUUUAUUAUUACACUGCACAACUUUUAAGUCACCCUUUUUGACUACUCACCCAAUCCCUCCCUCUUUCUUUCAGCCCCAGAACAUCCUACUGACCAGCCUGGCUCCGCUGGGGGACAUAAAGAUUGUGGACUUUGGCCUGGCACGCAAACUGGGCACGGUCGGAGAGCUCCGAGAGAUCUUGGGCACGCCUGAGUACGUGGGUAAGGCAAUGUAACAUACCUCCAACGUUCCUUCAACUAGCUGCAAUUAAGUCUUGACAUUCUACAAUAACAAUGUUGUGAUGUAAUGAUAUGGCCUCUCUCUCUUUCUCCCUUUUCUCACAUAAGCUCCAGAGAUCCUGAACUAUGAGCCUAUCACAACGGCAACUGACCUGUGGUGAGUCAUCACUAUUAACACUAUAAACUCUUUUGACUGUGUAUAUGUUGAUGUAUGUGCGUGCCUGCCUGAGGCACUUGUGUGAAGUGUGUAUGUUUGCAGGUCAACACGUGUACACCCUCUGACACAUUUGUACUAACUGUAUUCUGGGUGUGUGUGUUAUGUAUUUUUCAGGAGUGUGGGAGUGAUCGCCUACAUGCUGGUGACGGGCGAGUCUCCGUUUGCAGGGGAUGACAAGCAGGAGACGUACCUGAACGUGUCCCAGGUCAAUGUGGACUACAGCCAAGAGGCCUUCUCCAGGGUGUCGGAGCUCGCCGUCGACUUCAUCCGCAAGCUGCUGGUCAAAACUCCAGAGUAAGUGGGACUAUCACCAGCCAGUAAAGGUUCAGGGAAUUGUAAUGGUAGUUGAAGUACUGCUACUGACAGGAAGCGGUAGAACAAAUUGUGUUCAGCAAUACAAAUUAUAAUAAAUAAUUUUGUUUUUGUGCUUACUAAACAUUUUCUGUUUUCAUUUCAAAUAAUUGGUUUUGACCCUUGUCCGUCUUCACGCUCUCCACACAGGGACAGGCCCAGUGCAGCUGACUGCAUGACCCACCCCUGGCUGUGGCAGCAGCAUCAAUACCCAAGUACCGAGCCUGUCCUGCCACGAACCCCCCGUGAGAGGAGCAGCGGUACCAAGUGGGCCGCCCCACCCGAGGACCCAGAGGACAAGGAGAACUUCACCUUGGACUCGCCCCACACCCAGGCCAAGAGGUUUCGCUUCGAGGAGGAGACACCCGCUGCCACCAAUGGUGGUGACGGGGACUUCUGA